AUGGCAGCCAUUUCUGCUUUUACUCCGACCUUGUCCGUAAUCCACCCGACGCUCCUACAGAAUGGAUCCUUGGCACGUCCUUACAUUCUUGGGCUGCCACCAAUGGCAAAGAUGGGAAAAGUGAGAUGUUCCAUGGAGGGAAAACCUCAAGAGAGUGAGUCAAAAUUGGGCAUGGGUGCAUCUUUGAUUGCAGCCACUUGUGCUGCAGCCAUGUCCAGNCCAGCCAUGGCUCUAGUGGAUGAAAGAAUGAGCACAGAAGGAACUGGGUUGCCCUUUGGCUUAAGUAACAAUCUUCUUGGUUGGAUCAUUUUUGGUGUCUUUGGCUUGAUUUGGUCUUUCUACACCAUCUACACUUCUGAUCUUGAAGAGGAUGAAGAGUCCGGGCUUUCUCUUUGA